CCCCAUCCUCCCCAGCUGUAUAAGUCCCUCAUCAAGCUGUCCUUGCUCAGAGGACAGCUCAGGGGGCACAGCAGCAGGAUGGCUCACGGCGCUCUGGGGCUCCUGCGGCCCUUGCGGAGCCGACUGAACGCCAGCAAAAUCCUCCUUCUCUGUGGUGGGACUGAGCAGCACCACAGCCCAGCACAGUGGUCAGAAAGAGGCUUCAGCUCCGUGCAGGGGUCCCAGGAUGGCCCUGGGGAGUCAAGCUCUGAGGAUCAUGUGACAGUGCAUUUUAUAAAUCGGGAUGGAGAGCGACUUACGACCACAGCCAAAGAAGGGCAGAGUUUGCUGGAAGUGGUAGUCAAUCACAACCUGGCCAUUGAUGGAUUUGGUGCCUGUGAAGGGACAUUAGCCUGUUCUACCUGUCACCUCAUCUUUGACAAGGACACCUUCCAAAAGCUUGGUGCCAUCUCAGAUGAAGAGCUAGACAUGCUGGACUUGGCAUAUGGACUCACUGACACAUCGCGCCUUGGCUGCCAGGUGUGCGUGAAGAAGUCGAUGGAUGGUGUUACUGUGAGGGUCCCCAUGGAUGUGACAGACAUGAGGAAGCAACUGGAGGUUGGAAAGCAAAGCAAACAGUAACUGGAAACGACUGAUACACAGCUCAUAUCCUCACUUAGGCGUGGCAGGGUACUUAGCUUUUGGUUGACACUAUUGCUUUCUGUGGCUGGCUUGCAGUUGGCCAUAAAGGUCUGAUUCAGUAUAAAAGAUGUGUUUGGCUAAUCUCUUAUUUAAAGAAGGCAUCAUGCUUAAUAGUGUCUUUGGUGUGUAUUUUAAGUGCUUAAAUGCUCUGCUGCAUGCAACUGGAUUAAAGCCUAUGGCUUUAUAUUUCCCUGGGUGGGUGUCAGUAAAUAUCUUUGCUGUAUGUGACUUGCUUUAUCCUUUGAAAUUUAAGAAUUCUGCUAUUCUGAGUAACUGCUGAGAAUUUUGCAAGGCUUGGCUCUUUAAAAGUGAGGCAGACUUUUCCAAUCUGGGAAGCUUAAGAAGAGAUUGUGGUUUGCAAGUCAGUGUACUGAUGUAUCAACAAUUGAGAGAGAUGGGAACUACUGCUUUGUGAUCAGAAUCUCAAUUUACUGUGAGCUACAUUUGCUUAUAUACCAUUUUUAGGAAGGCUAGUAAUUCUUUUACUACAUUCAUUGUGUUAAACAUCACACAUAAACUUUGCAUUUCUACUUAGGUCAAUAUUCUUUCCUGUCGCCAGUCUUGAUCCAAUCUUCUUGUAAUCUUCAAAGCUCUGUUUGUUCUUGCCAAGGUAUCCUGGUUAUCAAACUGCAUAUGCUAAUUAAAUCUACAGUAUUAUCAGUCUCAGAUGGGCUUGGUGAUGAGGUGACUUGAGUUUGGUCAGCAAGAGCAUACUGAGGACAUUUGUGUGCUGGCAGCUCCUGUAAACAGAAACAGCUCUAUGAACUUGAGAUGUUUUGAGUCCCUGAAUUGUUCUGUGCUAGAAGCAGCCACUUUCUCCAAACUUUAAAUUUUCUCAUUGCUGUACUAUCCCACAUGUCAAAUAAAAUCCUAAUAAUGAGCCUUUUAGACCUACAAGAUGCAUGGUUCAGGUACCACAAGUCUGGCUGGAAUAGAAUGAGUUGGAUGGAAAUUUGGUUGGCUUCAUUCAGCACAGCACUGCCAGCUGAUUAAAGGAGGGAUUGUCCUGCUGUACUUGGCACUGGUGGGGCCUCACCUGGAAUACUGCAAGUAGUGUUGGGCACUGAAUAUAAAAAAUACAUUAAUCUGUUAGAGAGGGUGCAGAGCAGGAUGAUGAGGAUGGUGAAAGGUCUGGAGGGGAAGCUUGAUGA